GAAACUUUAGAGAGAGAGAGAGAGAGAGAGAGAGAGAGAGAUGGCAAUGGAAGAAAUGGAAGUCCCAAAACAUUUGAUGUCCUCUUCGGGGGAGGAACAUAAAAUUUGUGUCAAAAAUGCAUUCAGCUGCAGUUUAGAUGCAAGAGAUAGGAGGCUGGUUUGUGUGACCAGUGGGAAUUCUCACUUGGGUUCUCACAUAGUUAGAGCACUAUUGGCCCGGGGUUAUUUGGUCCGAGUAACCAUUCAAAAUGAAGUGGAUUUUGAGGACAUGAAGAAGCUAAUGAGAGGUGAAGAGAUAAGCCAGUUGGAGUGCGUGGUUGUGGCAAAGAUGGGUGAUUUGGAUAAUCUCUGCGAUGCCUUUAGAGGUUGCCAUGCAAUUUUUCACACCUCCUCUUUUAUUGAUCCACAUGGUACCUCUGGUUAUUCAGAAAAAAUGGCAUUUCUUGAAACUGAAGGGGCAAGAAAUGUAAUUGAAGCUUGUGGGAGGGCAGCAUAUGCAAAGAGAUGCAUCUUCACUUCAUCUCUCCUUGCUGCCAUCUGGACAGGUGAAAACUAUGAAGAAAAGAAGAUCAUUGAUGAGUAUAGCUGGACCAAUGUGGAAUUCUGCAGAGAAAACAAGCUUUGGUUAGCCCUAGGAAAGACCACAGCAGAGAUGGCUUGUUGGAGGAAGUCCAAGGAAAUGAAGGUCAAUCUUGUUACUGUGUGCCCUGGCCUCCUAAUGGAUGCAUCUCAUCCAAAUGCUCACAUAUCCACUUCCAUACCAUAUCUCAAAGGUGGCAGGACAAUGCUCAAACACGGUCGCCUGGCUGUGGAUGACGUGAAGAAGGCGGCUAAGGCGCAUGUCUGCGUUUACGAAGCGAUGGACCAUGGCGCCAGCGGGCGAUACCUCAGCUUUGGGAAGGUUGUAACAAAAAUGGCUGAAGCCAUUGAGUUAGAGAAUGGAUUGAAGAUUCAUGGGUUGUUAUCAGGAGAAGGACUUGAGGACUUGGGUGAAGAAACAGAUGAAGAACUACAAAGCAUGCUUAGUAAUGCAAAGCUUGCCAGAUUGAUUGGAGCUUCACAAAAGUUGUCUUGCAAGUAGUGGAGGCACAUGGCUGCAUCAUGAGAGAGAGAGAGAGAGAGCUAAAACAAAAUUAUUGCUCCUUGGUCCUUGAUAAUUGAGUACCCUUCGUUAUACUGUGAAAGCAUUUUUGUUUUUUUUUUCUUUCUUUCUUAUUUUUGAUUGGAUGGAUGGGAUACUUUGUGCAAGACUAGCCAUCCCAUUUGUUGCAAGUAAUUGCAAAGGUAGUGCUAUCCACACA